AUGGCUCCUCUUGGAGUGACUGUCGUAGCUGGGCUCUUGAUGCUUUUCUGCCUCCUGUCCAGUUCACCAGCCUGUGUCUGGUACAGGCAGGCACCGAGACCCCGUUAUUACUCAGUCGGGAGACCCUCUGGGUUACUGCAGGGUAUCCGACAUUCCCAGUAUACCCGACGGAGUGGGAUCAAAGAGGGCACUACUCGAGACCUGGCAAGGCUUGGGAACUUCUUGGCACAGGAUUGGCAGCACGAAGCAAUGGGCAGGUGGAAGACUGUGAUGAUGUGUGUGAAGGAAGUCACUGCCCAGUUAAACAGCUGUGCCGCCAUCACUGAAGACUCAUCAACCUUCACCUGUAAAGCUGCUACCCGCCUGGCCUUUGGUACUAAAACCUGCGACCCCCUGGAACACUGA